GGCAGUAGGGCGCCGCGCGGCCCGCUCGGCUGGCGCGCCGCGGAGAGCGCGCCGCGUCCCGCCGCUCGAGUGCUUCCUUGUUAUUGUUAGCGAGUGUUGACCGCGGCCGGCGCCCGCUGACCCGCUUUCUGUCGCCGCUAGGCACACACCUGCCAGGAGCGUGGGCCGCCGCCGCGUGUCGACACUGCGCGUGUCUCAUGCUGUCCGCCGCGGCUGCCGCCGGUAUGCUGUGUGUAUCUGCGGCCGCCCUAGCGAAGUAAUGUGUGCUGGCAGACGUCCUACAUCCUGUCGUGAUGAACAUAACGGAGUGCAAUGUGUCCACAUGGCGCAGCAACUUCCGCCAGCGCUGAUAACAAGCUCAGUACGCUGAAUAGGGCGAGGCGGAGUGCGGCGCGGCGGGCGGCGGCGAGGCGGAGAGCCCGCCCCCCCUGCCGUACGGCUACGCCCCCGGGGGCGGGCUGUCGCCGUCGCACCCGCGCAGCUACCAGGAGCUGCGGCCGGCGGCGCACGCGGCACACGCCCGCGACAUGCAGACCUACGCGCACCUAGAGGAGUCGCUGUUCAAGUCGUCUGGUACACCGGGCACGCCGUGCGCCGCCUCCACGGACGGCGUGUACCUGCGCGGGCGCAGCCCCGAGCCCAGCCCCUCGCCGGAACGUCGCGACGACUACCGCCAGGUGCACUACGACCAGUACUCCGCGCCACCGCCCUACUCGCACGAACACCACCACGUCGACACGACCGGCGGCGGCGGCGCAGGCGGCGGUGUUUACACCCGGUGUUCGUACACAGGUUCCUCUCCGUACUUCGGCAAUGGCGCCGAGCUCACACAGCCACAGAUCUGGACCUCCACACCAGGCGGGUCGCCAAGCUACGGUGGCGCUGCUAGUGGCGGCGUGGUGCUAUCAGAUGAGUAUACGGAGGCUGGCGGUGCUGGGGGCGCGGGGUGCGCGGAGGGAGGGUGCGGGGGCUCGCCUGCGCCGGCGCCUGCAGGUGCUCUACCCGCGUUCAGCGCGCGGUUCGGUGGUGCGUUCGCGGCGGCCACCUCACGACCCUCUACCGUCUACGGUGCAUCAGCACUCGCAGCCAACGCUUAUACGCAUCAGGACGUCUGGGGCCUGGAAGGGAACCGACGGUCGCAGCUAACGUCCGCCGCUGCCAACCUUGCCGCAAUCGAGAUGGCGGAGUUUUUCACUGAGGGGCGCGAGUGCGUGAACUGCGGCGCGAUCCACACGCCGCUGUGGCGGCGCGACGGCACCGGGCACUACCUGUGCAACGCGUGCGGUCUCUACAACAAGAUGAACGGCAUGAACCGGCCGCUGAAGCAGCCGCGGCGGCUGGUACGUCAGCGGCACGCCGCGCACGCGCUCGCCGCGCCACCACACGACAUGGGGACGAAGCGGCCCGGCAUGUCGUGCACCAACUGCCACACCACCACCACGUCGCUGUGGCGGCGCAACGCGCACGGCGAGACCGUGUGCAACGCGUGCGGACUCUACUACAAGCUGCACAACAUCAACCGUCCGCUUGCCAUGAAGAAGGACUCCAUCCAGACGAGAAAGAGAAAACCCAAGAACAGUAUAAAAACCGAGAGGGGUAUCAAGACUGCGGUGCAGCGUACGGUCGCGGUCGGCGGAGUCAAACUAGAAAACCUAAUGGAUAGUGGCGUGAGCGGGGGCGGUGGAGGCGGCGGCGGCGCUGGUGGAGGGACCGGUGGCGCGCGCUCCUCGCUUAGCAUGGGCUACUUCAUGCAGCACGCCAUGAAGCUAGAGGAGCCGCCGCCAGCGCACGCGACGCACGCGGCGCACGCACACACGCACACGGCGCACGCGCUAGCGCACGCACACGCGCACGGGCACUCGCUGUACGACGAGGCGGACUACCGGCGCACCCCCGCCGACGCCGAGCGGCUCGACCGCCCCACCGUGGUGUCCAUGGGCAGCUGAGCCGCGCGCCUACAGACCUCACCAACCGACGUCAUAAUAAUAUUUAUGUUGUGUAUUUAGAGGCGGCGCGUUGUCGCGUCGGAACAAAUCGUGAAUCUCGAUACGAUCGCGGGACGGUAACGUAGAAUCUCAGUCGUGUAAGUCUAGAUUAAUAUAUUGUACGAGUGGAGAGCGCAGGCGAGCGAGUCCGACCAAAGAGUCGUUGCUAGUUGACCAAAAAGCAGGCGGGACUCGUCCCGUCCCGAGUAGUUUCUUUGCUACGCGGUAGAUAUAUUUAAUAAUUGCUAAAUACGAGUAAGUAUUGCAGAGAGCUCAACGAAUUUGAAACCAAUGUGACAAAAAUAAUAAUAAGCCAAUAAGUGGGUGCUAGGUUAAGUUAGGACGAUGUGAACGUGUCACGUGCGUGUAGUGUUACCAAACGACGAGUAAUCUAUGAGACUGUGCCUGAACUAUACCUGCGUCAUUCCUAUCUAGAUAAUAAUAGCUUUAGGUGCGACGAGAAUAACUAAUAUCUAUAAUAAUUAUUAUAUAGAGGCUGUUUUCUAGAACUGAUAUUUUAUCUGACGUUAUAAUAUUUUUGAUAAAGUUUUCGUAAUAAAGAGAUAUUGUAAGCGCGAUCGCGCGAUAGAGAUCUUAUUUAAACUCCAUGACUUGAAGAAACAUUCCACGAAUUUAUCACUAUAGUUUUAGUUAGCGUAGGAAGCGGCCGGCGCAAACAGCGGCUACUUAUUAAACAUUUCAGGGCCGCUGUAGGUCGUCGGGCCCUCGUUGUUAUUGUUAUGUAUAUAUGGGUGGAGAGGGUCGCGUCCACGGUCUCUCGCGGGAUAAUGCAGACACCGCCCCGCCGUGGCGCGUCAGGUCCCUCGUAGCUUAUGUUUGAGGAGGAGCGGGUUCGCUGCGCACACGCUGAUAAAAUCGAAGUUCUCAUUACGUUUAAAUGUUAAUGAAAUACUGGUUGUAUUGUAGAUGAUACUAGAUGUCGCUUAAAGAAAGAAAAAUAAAUGAAGGUUCUGCUUGUAUUGUUCAAAACCAGAUGUCGCUUCUAUGCAAUUUCAUGUCUUCGAUGUUUCUUUGAAACGCUUAAGUUAUAAAAAUAGAAUAUUAUCGGUUUAUCUAUCAUCUUCAUAUUAUUGAUAAUUAAACGUCACCAUAUGUGAAGGCAAGUUGCCACCCCGAUAAGUCCAGUAUCUUAGAUUUUUUUAAAUCAAAUUUCCCACUGUGUUCUUUCAUUAAUACGACGUAGUCAAUAUAUCUCCAACUAUCUCAUUUGUAAUAAUAAUUUGUAAUGAACCAUUUAUUCUCGAAUAAGUAUAAGUAGACCAGGCGAAUAAUUUAUAAAAAACGAUUUAAAACCAUUUUUAACUGAUCCAUGAAACAACAUCGGUUUGUGUCGUAUGGAACUCGUGCCUUGCUGUCGAGUGUUGUAUGUUGUAUUGAAAUAUAUCACUGUUGUAGAGUAUGAGUACGUAUAGAACGUGCGCAUGCGCACGCCUGUGCGUGGACAGCGUGCGCGCGCACACCAAUAUAUUGUGUAAAUAUUAUGUAAGAAAUCAAAACUACACAUAAAAUAAAUUUCAUUAUGUA